AGAUUCAUUCGUUGAAGUUUUCUCCUUCCCUCCUCCUUUUUGUUCCUUCUUUCUCUUCACAGGGCAUGUGCUUUCAUUUGCAGAGAGAUUUGUGACUCUCAUGCAAAGAUAAAGGAACUACACAUGGGGAGGAAAGGGGGUUGGUUUUCUGCAGUGAAGAGAAUUUUCAGUUCUGAUUCCAAAAAGGAUCAGAAACCUCAUCAUCAUAAGUCGAAGAUAGCAUGUUUUGGGCAUCAUCAUCCUGAGGAUCUAGAAAGGGAAACUGAAGGAGUAGCAAUUGUUGCUCCCUCACUUCCACCUAGAAAAGACAAAAAACCAAGAAGUGAGGCAGAGAACGAACAGAGCAAGCAAGCUUUUUCUUUGGUUUUGGCAACUGCUGUGGCUGCAGGAGCUGCCGUUGCUGCUGCUCAAGCUGCUGCAGAGGUUGCUCGUCUCACAAGUGUGCCUCGUUACCCAGGAAAAACCGAUGAAGAAGUAGCAGCCAUUAAGAUUCAGAAGACAUAUCGUGGACACUUGGCAAGAAGAAAAUUGCGUGGCUUGAGAGGAUUGGCGAGGUUGAAAACAUUGGUGCAAGGACAAUCUGUUCAACGGCAAGCAGCUACCACCUUACAAUGCAUGCAAACUCUUUCACGAUUGCAGGCUCAGGUUCGUGCACGGAGGAUCAAAAUGUCUGAGCAGAAUCAGGCUCUUCAAAGGCAAAUGCAGCAGAAACGUGAAAAGGAACUGCAAAAUGCCGCUGGAGAAAAAUGGGAUGAUAGCUCGCAUUCAAAGGAGCAAAUUGAAGCAAAGUUGUUGAACAGGCAAGUAGCUGCUAUGAGAAGAGAGAGGGCCUUGGCCUAUGCAUCAACACAUCAGCAAACGUGGAAGAACACUUCAAAACCUUCAAAUGCCACAUUUAUGGAUCCAAACAAUCCCCACUGGGGCUGGAACUGGCUAGAGCGAUGGAUGGCUGCAAGGCCAUGGGAGGGACAAAACACUAUGUAUCACAAUGGUCAUGCACCUACAAAGAGUGCUGCAAAACACACCAUGUCAGUUAGUGAAAUCACAAAAUUGUACUCUCUCCGUGAUCAGAACCAUGAUGUUAAGAACUCCCCUACAAGCCAAAAAGCAAGCCGUCCUCGCAGCCACAUUUCCCCUUCAACACUAUCUUCAAAGGCCUCAUCAACUAAUGGAACAAAGGAAAAGGCUGAUUCAAGUCCAAAGGGUGGUUCAUGGGGUGGUGAUGAUGAUCCAAAAAGCAUGUUUAGCAAAGUCUCAGAAAACAAUCGCAGGCAUAGCAUUGCAGUUCCAGUAAAAGAUAAUGAGAGCCUUGCAAGCUCAUCACCUGCUUUAACAACUCACACAAACACACCGCCACCCACAAAGGUUGUAACAAAAGCCAAGUCCAAAGUGCGUAGUCUAUCAUCUGGCGUACAUAGAAAUGGAACACCUGAAAAGGAAUCUAACAUUCCUUCAAAAAAGAGGCUUUCUUUCUCAGCUUCUCCAGCUGCUUCAAGAAGGCAUUCUGUUCCACCUAAGGUUGGAAAUUUGGGUUCCAAUAAGAAUGUUGGUACCAUCCCUGAGGAGAAAAUGAAAAUGAAAAAUGGAGGGAGCAGAUAGAGAUCCAUCAUGCAUGCCAAUUGGUGCACUUAGUAUAGAAUUAUGAAUGAAGAAGAAUCAGAUAAAUGGUUGUAUCAUCUUUGAUAGUUGUUUCUAUCAACUUUUUCUUCAGAAGCCAUGUUGUUGGUGCCAUGGGGAGUACGAUAGAAUAAAAAUUGGCCGAUCAAGCAAUCAUUUAUUACCACUGUUGUCUUCAUAAUCAAUGUAGACAGCUUUGUCUUUUACUUCUUAACUGCAUGAUUCAAACAAUUGAUAUACUAGUUUUAUAACUAUAUUUUUAAUUUUUUUU